CUGCUGGGACGAUGAAACUGACUAGCAAGGCGGUUCUGUCCCGGGCGAAAGCCACCGAACUCAGCGGAGUCCGCAGACUGAAUUGCUGGGGUAGCCGCCUCACAGAUGAACUACUCAUGAGAAGGAAAAGGCAGUCUCUCCUACUGCAGUUGCUUUGUAUCUGUGCUUUGACAGACGGUAUGGAAUCCUUAGUAACAUGAGAGCUACAAUGGACCCCCAGCCUUUACUGCCUGUACUAGUCUCUGGAACCCAGAUUUCAAUUUGCCGUGAGCUUCCCAAUGCUGAGGUGAUAACUUUCAGCGUGAACAACAUCUCUGACCUGGAGCCAAUGAGCCAGUGCCAGAACCUAACUGAGCUUUACCUAAGGAGGAACAACAUCACAAGCCUCCACGAGCUGUUCCACUUGAAAAAACUGUCCCGCUUAAGAAUCCUCUGGCUGUCUGAGAAUCCCUGCUGUGGUUCAGAUCCUCAUCGCUAUCGGAUGACCGUGCUGCGUAACCUCCCCAAUCUCCAAAAGCUUGACAAUCAGAUGGUGACAGAGGAAGAACUGUCCCAUGCACUGCUGGAGGGGGAAGAGAUAACUGCGGCCCCAGCCAAACUAGACUUGAAGAACUGCUGUCAAAACUCCACCACUGAAUCCAGUGUGAUAGAAUCUACAGUGGAGAAUGAAAAUGAACUCAUAAAUUUCAGCUUGGAGGAGACCAAUAAAAUCCGUGAGCAGCUUGGUAUGAAGCCUGUUCCAAGAGAUAAAUUUUCCUCCUUCUCACCCAGAGAGAUGGAUGGGAACAGGAAGAAACGGAACAACAUCCUCAAUGCCAUCCUGCUACUCCUGAAAGAACUGGAUUCGGAGGGAUUAGAAAUUGUCCAUCAGACCGCUGGAAACAAACUCCAAGCCUUGCAGAAGAAACAACUCCAUGAGGACCGAUAGUAAAUUCCACGCAGCUAUUUUGUGGAUUAGCGGAACUUGUAUCAAAUUUGCAUCACCGGCCCUAUUACUGCACCGUUUCUACACUGCUGUGAUCUGCGAAAGGGUGUGUUGAUGAACACAGGAGGAAACUACAUGCAUUGCCUGUGCUUCAUGUGCUACGACUUGGUUCUACGGUGAUCGCAGUAUGCAUGCAUGCAUCUGUGCAGUUGCUACCUGUCACUCCAUAAAGGCCCUCAACAGAGAAGAAAUUACCAUCCACAGAAAAUGGUCACAUGGAAGAGGAGGAGGAUGCAGCCCCUGCCAGUGCCUCCCAGCCAGAAGAAUCACUCUUAGGCCAAGCCUGGGCUAUUGUGGACCUGUUUGCAUGAUGUCCUCCCUGUGCAAUUUCACUCUGGAGCAAGAUUACACUUGUUGCCUGCACUGCAGUGAGGAGCUUUUGACAGCAACCUUGGCCACAAGGCCAGAAUUUCACAAAAACGUGACUUAAAAGUACAGAAACAAUCACUGAACUUCUAAAUUUACUGGCAAACUUCAGAAUUUUGGACUUGUUUGAAUAGGUUUGUGGGGUGGGGGUUGUGUGUUUUUACCUGAUAACACACACUCUCACAGCUUGGAAGUUUGCCUGUGCCUUUCCCCGCUGUUUUUUGCCCUCUUCGUCUACAUAGUAACCUGAAAAAAGUGCAUGGUAUGUAAGUACUUUGUUGUGGGGGAAGGCAAGUAGGUGGUGUCUGCAAUAGAAAGAUGGAAUUAAAUGGUCUGAAUAGCAAUUUGUAUACAGACCUGGCAUCUGCUCAAUAAGAUGUUGGCUCUGUGUAGUCUGUCAAAGCUGUGUCUGGUGUAGGGCAGCAUGUUACAAAAUGAUGGUAUUUAAAUAUACGCAAUGGGAAUAUCUUGACUUAAAAACAACCUUUCUCACAACAGUAUUCAUACAUUUUGCAUCUUUGCAGCAUGAAAUUGUCUCCUGGGUUUAUGUAUGAAUCAUAGGAUCUCUGAUUUCCUCAUCUAAAUCCACCUCUGUCUGAAUGAGAUCCAACUAAGUUUUCUGUUAACUUCCUUUUAGUACUAUCUCCUUUGGGAUGAGCCCUAUUGAAUGGGGUCCUCUGUUUUAGAAUGAUGGUAGAGGCGAGCUCAGUAUUUUUUCCUUUGUGCUUUUAAGCCACCAAAGUGUUGUGGCACAUACUUGGCUAUGCUUUUAAUAAUAGCAGUGCCCUCCCUCAUCUUAAUUAUUCACAGUAGAAUUUGGGAAAUCUGGAUGACUGGUAUGGAGGUAAGAAAGCAUAUUGGUACUCAAAAGUUUGAUCUAGUAAUGCACCCCUUAUUUCUGUUUCACAUAUACUCAGCUAACAAGCCUACAUAUUAAAGCAAUAAACGGAAUGAAAACGUUGCCUUUAUAGGAAGAGCCAGAUAAUGCAGAAUGAUGAACUAUGCACUGAAGAGGCUACAUGUAUGUGCAAGGAACUGGGUGCUUUAAAAAGUGUUCCUGUGCGUAAAUGGGUUCUUAAAGGCUUCUUAUUUAAAAUAUGUUCCUUUUGUAUUCAAAACAGUCAUAUUAGCAGGAAAUGGCUUAGUCCAAUUUUGAUGUAGGAAAUCCUUAAAGCUCCAAAUAUAAUGGCUUGUUUCCAUAUAAUGUAAAGAGAAAAAAUGUUUGUAAUACAUCCAGGGAGUUAUUACAUUGUAUGAUCCUUAUGUAUCAUCCCUGAUUACAACUGCCAUAUAAUCA